AUGCAUCUGCUACACAAUUUCAAUAGCUGUGGCUUCGCCUUCUUCAUCCUGUUCUUGGGUCUGCUUCUCCCGAGUAUCACAGGAAGGAAACUGAAGUAUGUUGUAUUGGUUUACCGACAUGGCGACAGAAGCCCCCUUUCAUCUUUUCCCACUAAUGUUGUCAACGAAGAUGCUUGGCCACAAGGAUUCGCACAACUCACGAAGCUUGGAAUGCAGCAGCAAUACGAACUGGGCCAAUUCAUAAGGAAGAGAUAUGAGGGCUUCUUAAGUACUGACUACAAGCCAAAGGAAAUUUAUGUCCGAAGUACAGAUACUGAUCGAACCAUUAUGAGCGCUGAAGCCAAUCUGGCUGGACUCUUUCCUCCUAAAGGAAACCAAAUCUGGAACAAAGAGAUCCUUUGGCAACCAAUUCCAGUUCAUACUGUGCCACGUUCAGAUGACAAGUUGCUGUAUUUUCCUGUCAAAGCCAAAUGUCCGAAAUAUGGCCAACUUCUAAAGGAAACGUUUGAAUCCGAAACAGUCGGGGGAGGAAUAAAAAAACACAUGGAAUUUCUAGGUAAAAUGGCAGCUAACAUGGGAUACGACUUGCCAACGGUUCUGGAUUAUAAAAGUCUCAAACUCUGGAAGGCAUACGAUGCUUUAGUUGUUCAGAAAAUCCAUAACCAGCCUCGACCAAACUGGGCUGAUGAUCAAGCCAUGGACGAAUUGGGAAAGCUUUUGGCCUUUUCUUUACAUGCCAUGUUUGGGGUACACAAAAAAGUAGAAAAAUCAAAACUACAAGGAGGUCUCCUUGUGAAAGAUAUUUUGCAUCAGAUGACACAAACUACUGAUGGAAGAAAAAUGUUAAUGUAUUCAGCUCAUGAUGUCACGCUAGCAGCUCUCCAGGUAGCAUUGGGUGUUUUCAAAGAACAUCUACCUCCCUUCGCCGCUUGCCAUUUUUUUGAGCUAUAUCAAGAAGACAAUGCCGAGUACACCAUCGAGAUGUACUAUCGGACCAGUACUGAUGCUCCACCUGAACAGCUCGUUUUGCCAGGCUGUGAAGCGGCUUGUCCCAUUCAUAAGUUUAAACAACUGGUUUCUGAUGUCAUACCAGAGAACUGGGAAGCAGAAUGUAACCGUUAAUGUAGGG